CUGUAAAUUUGUCGAUUAUUUAUUAUGACCAUUAAAGGUGCUUCUGCCCCAGCUUGUGCAGCCUGCAAAUACCAGCGCCGGAGGUGUACGCCGGACUGUUUACUCGCGCCAUAUUUUCCGGCGGAUCAGCCACAGAUGUUUCAGAACGUUCACCGUCUCUUCGGCGUCGCAAACGUCGCCAAAACGCUGUCGACUUUGAAGGACAAUCAAAAUAAGAAAGACGAUGCAGUCACAUCAAUUAUAUUCGAAUCGAAUAUGCGCGAAAAAUCUCCCAUCUUUGGAUGCGUUUUGGCCAUCUAUUCGAUUUAUGUUAAGUAUGUCUAUAUGUGUCAAGAGUUUCGAGAGAUCGAGUCGAAGCUCUUCGCUUUAAGAGGGCCUAAGGAGUACGUCGAUCUCAUUGAUGGUUUCAAAAGCAUUCGGCAACAGAUGAUGCCUAAUUUUAAUCAAUUCACUGGGCUCGAAGCAGCUCUGGACCAAUUUCAUGCUAGCCCUAACCCUAAUUUUCAAAUAGAAAAUGGUGAGGUUUCGGGAGAUCUUUGGUGUUUGGUCUCUGACAUGAAAGGAAUGCGGAUUGAUGCUGCGGCAAACAAUGUCGAAGAUCAAAAUUGCAACGCUAUUUUGGAUGAAUUUGAUUCACAAUCGGGUAGUUUGAAGAACGAAGAGAUCAUAGAAAAAAAAAUAGGAGAAGAAGAAGGACAAUCAUAUCCUGGAUCAAAUCAGGAUUUUGAUCGGUCAAGUGUUGAUGCAGAUCCGCAAAAAACAGAUGGAGAUGGAGAAUUCAACAAUGCCGUAGAUUCAUGUCUCAUCAAUCAGUUUUUUGUAGAGAACAUUCCCUAACAGCAGCUGCGGCAGCCUAAAACUUUUCAGUUUUAUUGUGAUUGAAUUUCAUUGGACUUCGAAGUUAAACGAGUUAUUGCUGGGAUGAUAGGAUUGAGCGAUCUCAUUGAGAGAGACCUUGACCUCCUAGAAAGUUCUCGUGUUGCAUCGAAGAUCGGAUUGUGAAUAUCAGUCCAAUUUUAUAUUUCUAUCUUGUAUGGUCUUAGUUUCAAUAAUCUUCUGUUUGUUUUAUUAUUUGGUGUUUUUCUAGCUUCUAUUGUAU